CAAAAAAAACCGUUACCAAAGUACCGUGACAUGUCGACACGCGAGCUGAUUCGUGAGGUGUGGAAGGUGGUGGGUAAUGCUGCGGUGCCGUUGAAGGAGGAAGCUUUGGAAGAGAUCGCAGCAAACUAUGUGGUAACGCCGGACAAUUUUCUCAAGAUGAUUCGUGUGGCCCUGCGUGCGGAAGCGCGGAUGCCGGUAAUUCUCGUAGGAGAGACAGGAUGCGGAAAGACGUCGCUGUUGCAGACGCUUGCGAAAAUUUUGGGCGUCCAGUUUCUCGACUUGCCCGUCCACGCGGGUAUUGGCGCAAAGGACAUCCUGGACUUUGUUGAAAGAGCAGACAACCUGGCCAGAAAUGAGGCGUCGCAUGCGCAAGAGGUGUGGGUGUUUCUCGACGAGAUCAAUACCUGUGCGCACCAAGGCGUUAUCGCAGACGUCAUGGUGGAUCGCCGUCUCCGGGGAUAUCCGCUCGCGGAGAACUUGGUUUUUCUCGCCGCUGCAAAUCCGUACCGGUUGCGAGAAGAGAAAAAAACAUCACUUUCUACUUCCGUUCAACGAAAGGUGCUUGCUAGCGAGGGCGGCAUCGGCACGUGUGAUCAAAUCAGUGCUGACGAAAAAGCCAUCGCCGGGUCGACGUCUAACGCGCGCCGCAAGUUCGCAAAUUUAGUGUAUUCGGUGCAUCCGCUGCCAGAGAAAUUGAUGCUGUUCAUGUACGAUUUCGGCAAACUUGGCCCCGCAGAGGAAGAGCAGUACGUGCGAAUUAUGUGCAAAGGGCUUGCGCAGCGCUUGGACAACGUCGGGCAAAUGAAGUUUUGGUGGAAAGAUAAGAGUGGCUACAACAGCGCGUCGCUCUUCUGUACCAGGUUUAAGUCUUUGUUCGGACAGAGCAGUGAAGAGCGCACGACCUUCGCGGACGACCUGACCCGGCUGCUCUGGGUCUCGCAAAAAUUCAUUACUGAGCGCUUUCCCAACUAUCUGGUGAGCCUGCGGGACAUCAAGCGAUGCGUGGAACUGAUCUAUUUUUUGGUGCAUUUCUACAAGACACGAGAGACGAUUCUGGUAACGCUACACAACGAGAAUGUUGGCAAGCAGAGCUACAAAGGCGAGUUUGACCUGCCUUACAUGCUGAUGCCAAACAUUUUGUUACUAAGCGCCACGCUUUUCGGGCUCAUGAUGUGUUACCACUCUCGCAUUCCGGACGCAAAGCAGCGGCGUGAGUAUCGAAGAUUACUCCAAGACACGAUGCGCACGCGAGAAAAAACAGCCCGAUCGCCAGUACUUUACGAGUUUUUCUAUGCAAAACAAAAAUACGAGGGCAAAUUUCGAAGCUGGGAGGAGGUCAAGAGGCACUGCGAAUACGAAGAUUUCCUUUUGUCCUACUGGCAUCGCGAGCAGCACGAGAAAAUGGUCGAGUUAAUGCGGCUGCCGCCAGACGUGGUCGUGACGAACACCCUCGCAGAGAACAUUUAUGUCAGCGUGAUUGGGCUGUUGAACCGCGACCCAGUGUAUCUCGUAGGCAAGCCUGGAAUGUCGAAGUCCCUGGCGCUGAAUAUCAUUGACAGCAAUCUGAAGGGCAAGGAGUCUUACAUGCCCUUUUGGCAGUACAUGCCCAAAUUGUAUGUGGUGUCUUACCAGGGGAGCGACGUCUCAAACAGUGCUGGCAUAGAACGCCGCUUUCAACAAGCACAGAAAAUGCAACAAUCGUAUGAUGGCAAGAGCCAGGGAGGUUCGGAAGCCGCGUCCGGGUCCGGGAACACAGUUCCAGCUGGAGGAGCAGCGCCAAGUACUAUGGGCGUAUCGAGGCAGCAUCCCGGUGCGUCAGCCAGUGCGCCGGCGGUCACACGGUCCCAGAGCACCUUGAAUUUCAGUCCCAAGGAUACCAUCGUUUUAUUUCACUUCGACGAGAUCGGGCUUGCGGAGCAGAGCCCAAACAACCCACUGAAGGUACUGCACAGUUGGCUCGAGCCGGCGCAGUCAAAGCUGCGAAAGCCUGAGUUUGCUUUUGUGGCGCUCUCGAACGACCAGCUGGACGCCGCAAAGAUGAGCCGGGGGCUAACCAUCAAUCUGCCGAUGCCGGAGCCCGCAGACUUGAGAAAUAUCGCGGCCGAGCUACUUGACAGAACAAAAGCUUUCGAGGCUCCGCAGAAUGUCGGACAGACUGCGAAGGCCCAGUAUUGCAAAGAAAAGGUUCGGGACAUAAUGGUGAACUCGUACCGGGGAUAUUACUUGCAGCAGAAGAUGCCUGAUUUCCAUGGGCUGCGUGACUUUUACUUUUUCGUAAAGUCCUUCUGCAGCAUUGCGCGCACCCACGUUCAGCGCACCACUGGACCAUCACAGCACGCACUCCAGCUCCAACCGGCGAAUUACUUGCAGUUUCUCUUCGAAGCCGCCCAGCGCAACUUCGGAGGGCUGACGUCUAACGGAGAGAAGAGUGAGUUUUUGCAGUGUCUGCAGUUGCCGCAAAACGAUCCGGAGUUCCAUAAAGCCGAAAACCAGAUGCGAUCCUUUACCCUGCCGGAGAUGCUCGCGAAGAACUUUGUAGCCGGGCAUCAAGCGCGCCAUCUGCUGUUAGUGUGCAAGUCGACCGCACACUACGAGAUUGCACUGGACUUGGUUCGCCUCGCCAGCGAGAGCCACGGUCAGCCCUGCGAAUUGUUUGUGGGCUCCGUUUUCCCGAAAGACGCCGUUUCAGAAUCGGCAAGCUACGCGUCCGAUGUCCUAAACCGGUUCAUGCACUGCAUGGAAAGCGGCACAAUCGCUGUGCUCCGCGACCUCGAUGUGAUCUACGGCUCUCUGUUUCAUGUCUUGAACAUGAAUUAUGAACGCACGUUAUCAACAUGAGCAAACUGUGGCCGUGCAUCUUUACUAGCCAUCUGCAGGUUACGAACAAGGGUCCCCUAACGAUAAUUAUUUUGCAUGCAGCUACGCUUUUCUUAUUCUUCCGUCUUCGUGAGUGGUGACUGUCAACCAAGUGGCUUUUGAAUCCGAGCGUACGCAUGGCUUUGAUGUCGUCCUCGCAUCCUUCGGAGCCACGUCGGAAUGAAAAGUUUAGCCACAGUAGAGCUGACAAGCUCCGCCUUUGAUGAGCAGACAUUUAAGAUUUCUCUUUGCCUUAUCUUGUGUUGCAUGUUUAUGAUUUAUGUCUUGCAUUUCGUUGUAUCGUACCUUGACCUUGAGCUUUGAAGCAAACCACAGUGCUCUCAGCGUGAUGAUCGAGUGACGCCGAGCUUCGUUGCCGCAUUGCCCUCGCGGACAUUCACAAGAAGGUUGUGGUGCAUCCAAAAUUUCGCUGCGUCAUCCUCUUGGACGAUCCAACAAGAGUGGACGUGGCGUUUCUGAAUCGGGCAGAGAAACAC